AUGGACAAUUACAAGCUGAAAACUACCAAGCAUAGUCUGAGCAGAGACACGGCAGUUCCUGGUGAGAUUGAAUCAAAGCCACUUAAUCUUAACGAGCACAAGGGGGAUCGACACCCACGUCCAAAUUCCCACGAGCCCCAUGUCAACACUCAUAAUGAUGCCCAUUGGAUAAAGUCCGCGUUGGGCAGUCAUGGUCAGGCUUGUGACGUGCAAGAACAUCAUUCGAGAUCACCGACUUCACGGCCAACUGGCGCAAAACCUACCCCGGCACCACAGACACCUAACAAAGGUCGCGGUACCUCACACGAAGAAAAUGGAAAGAAUACGCCACAAGCUCAAAACACUCCCUUGCCAGAUAAAACACAUAGUGUGAGUCCUGGGUCUUGCAAACACCCCAAGGAGCUCGAUGAGCCAGUCCCCGGAGUGCACAUGUUACGCAAAACAGUCCCGCGAGAUGACCCUGAAAAGCCGAAAGCCGAAACGACAAACAUCUCAUCAUGGAGAACACAAUUGAGGAAGGUCGACAAAUCUCCAGAACAGCCAUCAAAUCAACGGCUGACCCCUUCUCAUGUAAAGAACUGGAGGAGUGAGUUGAGUAGUGUAAAUCAGCGGACACCAGUAUCUGAAAAAGAUAAGAAGGAGGAUUGUAUCAACUGCAAUCCAAAUCAAUACAUAUCACCACAAGUAGAGAACUCGUCUCAGUCAUUUGCUGAGGUUGGGUUACAGAAGAAACCUGAACUAGAGAAAAAUGCUGCAUUCAAGUCACCGAUACCUCGCCUCAAAGUAACCGACGUCGAGUUAUCACUCGCUCGGCAAGGUGACGAGGAGCUCAUGGCCAAGCGUCAAGAGCUCCACGAUAAAGAAGCGGAGGAGCAGAACAGCCCACAACCUCCAGGCAAAAAAGACGAUCCAGAACGCAAAGACUCACUGAUGUCAACUGUGAUUCAUGAUCCGACACCCAUGAUGCCGUAUAAGCAUAUGUGCGCCUGGCGAGCGCGGUACAUGGAUCUCAAAAGCCAAGUUGAUCAACUCGGAGAUGAAACGGGUUGUCCGCUAUCAGACGGUCGGGUUGGUACACUGUGCUCGCAUACUCAUACAGAUAUCGACAUCGAAGGUCUUACGGUUGUGAUGCACUUCAAAGGCAAAGAUGACUUGGUGGUCAAUACGGACCUGAGGGAGGGCUUACAAGAACACCAUAAACAGCAAGGGACAAAGAAUUGA